AUGGGUUCCAUCCAAACAACCGCCGAAUGCAGACCCGUAGGGUCAUAUUCUCCAACCGGGAUCGAUGUCUUGAUUGUAGGUACGGGUCUUGCUGGCCUAACAGCAUCUAUUGAAUGCAUACGCAAAGGUCAUAAUGUACGCAUGCUCGAACGCAUGGACGAUAUCAACACUGCGGGGGACAUGUACUUCAUGGGCCAUAGUGCCAUCCAAUUCUUCCGACAUUGGCCAGAAUUGCUCAAGGAGUAUGAGAGUAUCUCCAUGAGCAAUGCGUGGCUACAGACAUUCAAACACAGUGGCGAACAAACAAUUCCUCCAAUGAAAGUAUCCGAUCGGCUGCGUCGCGCAGGAAUGGAUCCGAAUACGCCCCCUGGAGCUUUUCAGAUGAGACCACUUGUUUACAAGAUGUUCGUCCGCCAAGUACAAAAGCUCGGCGUUAAGAUAGACUUUGGUAAAAAGGUAGUUGACUACCAUGAAGAUGAAUCACGCCAGAAAGCAGUCGCUGUGACAGAACAAGGAGAGUCUUUUGAGGCGGACGUUGUAAUUGCUGCAGAUGGUGUUGGCUCCAAGAGUCAGAAACUUGUAGGUGGACAGGUGAGAGCAAGGAGCUCUGGUAGAGCCAUGUGGAGAGCCGCUUUUUCUUCAGACCACCUCGACAAGAGCUCCGAAGUCAAAGAGUUCUUUGCGGGGAUGGGAGGAGAGAAUAAGGACGAGCCGAUCAUUAGAACAUUCCUAGGGCCCGGUACCUAUGCAUUGACUCUGACUCGACCCGGAACUUUCAUUUGGAUAAUGAAUCACGAUGUGACAGGAUCGGAAGAAGAAAGCUGGACUCACACAGUUGAAUCAGACGAAGUGCUCCAUAACAUGGAUAAGGGGGUUGGCCCAGUGCCCUGGGCGCCGGUUUUCAAAGAAUUGGUCAAAGUGACCCCUCCUCAGACGAUUCUCAACUUUGAACUCUUCUGGCGCAAUCCACAACCUUCCUGGUGCUCGCCCGGCGGCCGGGUGGUCCAGAUUGGUGAUGCUGCACAUUCUUUUCUACCAGCGUCGGGCAACGGUGCCACUCAAGCCAUUGAAGACGCCGUAUCCCUUGCAUCUUGUCUUCAAAUCGGUGGCAAGGAGAACAUUCCGCUGUCUGUCAGAACCCAUAUUCGAUUCCGCUUUGUUCGGUGUGCCUGUGCACAGAAACUAGGCUUCUCCAACGCUGAGCUGCUUCAAGAUACGGACUGGAACAAGGUAAAAUUGGAUCCAAAACGCGCGCAGCCAAAGCUUCCUAGCUGGAUCUGGAAACACGACCCGGAGAAGUACGCCUACGAGAAUUAUCAUAAAAUGGCAGAGACUGUCAAACAAGGAAUACCAUUUGACCAAGUUGAUACCGUUCCUCCCAACUACCCAAAAGGCUAUCGAUAUCAGCCAUGGAGCAUCGACGAUAUUAUGGAGGACCUCAGAAAUGGAAAACCUGUCAAUCUCGGAGACGGAGAGUGGGAUUAACUUUGCUAUCCCGAACAUGGCCUAUUGUCAUAGGGUCAUCAUCGACUAGCUAGCGUCGAAGUAUGUCAAGAUCUGAGCAUAAUGUGCUGAAUGGAAC